CAGCGCACCGCCGUUUAUAAAACCAGUGACGACAGCAAGUUCACAUGGUCUGAAGCGGCUCUGCGGUCGACAGCAUCUCCCCGCAGAUUCUGAGAACAAACACAUCAACCUAAGAACGGCAUGGGGGGUGCAGUGGUGGACGAUGGACCUACUGGUGUGAAGGCACCAGAUGGCGGCUGGGGCUGGGCGGUGUUGGUCGGCUGUUUUGUGAUCACUGGGUUCUCCUACGCCUUCCCCAAGGCUGUCAGUGUCUUCUUCAAGGAGUUAAUAAGAGAGUUUGGUGUUGGUUACAGUGACACUGCCUGGAUAUCAUCCAUAUUGCUUGCCAUGCUCUAUGGCACAGGUCCUCUGUGUAGUGUGUUGGUGAACAGGUUUGGCUGUCGACCGGUGAUGAUGGUAGGAGGACUGUUCGCUUCGAUGGGAAUGGUUCUGGCUUCCUUUGCAACCAGCAUCAUGCACAUUUACUUUUGCAUUGGUGUUAUUACAGGUCUGGGCCUGGCAUUGAAUUUCCAGCCAUCGCUGAUAAUGCUCAAUCGGUACUUCAGUGAGAAGCGACCUUUGGCCAACGGCCUGGCAGCUGCGGGCAGCCCUGUGGCACUGUGUUGUCUCUCCCCCCUGGGACAAAUUCUUCAGUACCAGUACGGCUGGAGAGGUGGUUUCCUCAUACUGGGGGGAAUUCUGCUCAACUGCUGCGCCUGUGGUGCCCUAAUGAGGCCCCUCUUGCCGCCAAAGAAACUUCAAGAGUUUGAGGAUGGUCAUCUUACAGCUACAGAGGAGAAACAGUCCAAGCCAAAAAAGAAACUGCUAGACUUCAGUGUGUUUAAGGACAGAGGAUUUGUCAUCUAUACUGUUGCGGCCUCGAUUAUGGUGCUGGGCUUGUUUGUGCCACCUGUGUUCGUGGUCAACUAUGCUAAAGGACUCGGCUACGAGGACACUACUUCAGCCCUGCUGCUCACAAUUUUGGGAUUCGUAGAUAUGUUUGCCCGUCCUCUGUGUGGAAUCAUUGCAGGCCUUAAGUGGGUACGGCCAAGGUGCGUCUACCUGUUCAGUUUUGCUAUGAUCUUCAACGGAGUCACUGAUCUCAUUGGCUCACGGGCAAACACCUAUGGAGGUCUGGUGGUCUUCUGUAUCUUCUUUGGCAUGUCAUAUGGCAUGGUGGGAGCCUUACAGUUUGAGGUUCUAAUGGCUAUUGUGGGGACAGACAAGUUUUCCAGUGCCAUUGGCCUUGUGCUGCUGAUGGAAGCCAUAGCUGUAUUAGUGGGCCCUCCUGGAGCAGGUCGCCUCUUGGAUGCCACUCAUCAGUACAUGUACGUCUUCUUGUUGGCGGGCUGCGAGGUCACAUUGUCAGCCAUUGUGAUCGCCCUGGGUAACUUCCUGUGCAUCACAAGAAAACAGGAAGAUCCGGAGGCUAAACUGGAAAUGGCUGUGACGACUGCAGAGAUGGAGAGCCUCCACAAUGAGACAGAGGGCCCAGAUGGGGAGAAGCGGGAAGAAGAGGAAAGGGGAAAAUACAAUGGCAAAGCUCGCGAUUUGCAUGGAGGGGGGGAUAAUGCGCAGAAGGAUGGUGGAGAAGAGAAUACUGAAGGCUCAUCAUUAUAAAGCUGUAAGAAAAGACACUAUCAGUAUCAUGAGGACAAACAUAAAAGCACGAAGUACGAUCACUGUCAUACUGAUUGGUUGAUAUGCAGUAUUGCGUAAAAGGAAGAAAGCUAGGGAAGUAAAUGGCUUUUACCUCAAUACUGUACUGUACUUGUGAAUUCAGAUACUUCCUCUCAAUUCUUUAGUUUAGACUCUGCUCCUGCCACCUCAUGAACAUUUCAUGAGCUCGACCAAGGGCGUCCCCCCGCCCCAAAUAAAAUCCUUUUAGCAUCUCAUAGCCUGAAUCAGAAAAUGAGUUUGCUCAUACGUCAUCUUAAAGGUGUGGUUAAGUGGUUGUAUGCAGGUUUAGAUAGUAACCACUUUGAGCGUGUUAUUUGGGUUGUACUUUGCAGUGGUGUACAACUGGACUGCAGACCACUUUGGAAUAUCUUGCCAAGCUUGUUUAGUUCAAUAUAUUAUAAAAAGCACUCAGCAAUAAGCCUAAAAAACAAAUCAAUGGUUAUUCUGUAUUGGUGUGAGUAAAAUACACAAGAGUGUAAACAUUGAAUCUUCUUUCCGGGAUUAUGCUAAAAACAACUAAAGAACCACUCACGCCAUUCUACCAGUGACCAUGACUGGUUUCAUUUACUGCCAAGUCCUGAGAUCCACUUUUAUAUCAAAUUUUUUUUCCCUUUUAGAUCACAACACCGUCGAUGGUCAAAUUUAAGACAUUCUCCCAGAAAAGCUCGCUAUUGUAGCUCUAUUGUCUAUGCUGCAACAUUGUUUUUUUGUCCCUUAUGUUUUUUAAUACUUGAUGCUGCUUUAUGCAUUUGCCUUUUUCAUUUCACCAGUGAAGAAAACUUGAUUUGUGUCAACUUUAUUUGUUCUUUGUGAUGCAAGACUGGUGUGAUGCCGUGUUGUGUCAGGGUCAAUAGAUGUUGUGAUGUCUGCUUUCUAUAAAAAUGUCAAACACUAGUGUGAACCCAACUUACAUUGCACAUUUCACUAUUUUGGCUAAGGCAAUGUGACACCACAUGCUUCUUGCACUAUAUUCUAUUGAAAAAUAAAUGUAGAUGUGUAUCUUU